ACUUGUAACUUUGUUUAUUUCGUUGGGGAAAGUUUCCUCAUUUGAAGGAUUUGAGGCUUUUGCUGCUCCGGUCUUGUGGAUUUCAGCUGUGUUCUGUUUGAAAGUUUUGUUCUUUUUAAUUCCUAUAAACAAAAUCUCAUCUUUAUCAUUGUUGUUCUUAUUGGUUCUUUCUUGGGGUCUCCCAAAUUUGUUCCUUUUUUUCUUUCAAUUGGUUGUGUUUCACCUUAGCUUUUAAUAAUUAUCUAAAAUUGGAGAUUAAACAUCUAUUCUUGCUGAACUUGGGAACGAAUUCAUGCCUCUCAGUCCCAGCCACAAGAAUUUCUUCUCAAAUUUAAUGGCCGAAGAAUUCGAUCCAGAUUCCUCUUCAAAUGGGAAUGAUUUGAUUCAUAAAGAUGAGAAGGGUGAUGAUGUUCGACCAUCAAAGCCUACCUCAGUUAAUAAUGGUCAUAAACCUAGUCUUACUGAGAGAAGGGCAGCUAGAGCUGGGUUUAGUGCUCCAAAAAUUGACACAGAUCAAAUUCGGGCAGCAAAUUUUGCGUCGUCGAGUUCGGAGAUUCAUUCUCCUUAUCUCACAAUUCCUCCUGGUCUUAGUCCAACCACAUUGUUGGAUUCUCCGAUUUUUCUUUCGAAUGCGCUGGCUCAACCAUCUCCAACAACAGGCACCUAUUCUUUUUCACACUGUAAUACUGAUUCAUACCCUGUGGUUCAUGAUCAUAAAGCUAAAGACCACCCACUUGAAGGCAUCAAUUCUCUGGCAUCCGAUGUGAAAUUACUUUUAGUGGAAAACCCAUCAUCUUUUUCUGGUGGAGGAAGCCUAGUAAGUUCUUCAACCUUUGAUCAUCACCACUCCUUAAACCUAUCAGAGACAAAGCUUUCUACUGAUAAUCUCCCACCUAAUCAAAGGCUGUCCAAGCCUACAACUACCAAAGAACAUUCUCCCCCUCUCGACAACUCACAAGAAGAAGAAAAAGGAGAAUCUUCUCUCGGUCUUGGUUCUAUAGCAGAGGACGGAUACAACUGGAGGAAGUACGGGCAGAAGCAUGUGAAGGGAAGUGAGUACCCUCGAAGCUAUUACAAAUGCACUCAUGCUAGCUGCCCAGUAAAGAAAAAAGUUGAACGAAACCACGAGGGUCAAGUCACGGAGAUAAUCUACAAAGGAGCUCACAACCAUCCAAAACCUGCUCAAAACCGUCGUGCUGGAGUUUUAUCCUCUCACCCCUAUAACGAAUACCAAUGUGAUGGGAGUGAUUGGAGAAAUGAUGGUGGUGCCCUUGAGACCACACCACCUCCUUCAGGGAUUAAUGAGUUUGGUGAGAAUCAAGAAGGUGGAGAGGUUUCGUCGAUGCUAUCUAAUGAGGAUGAGGAGCGAGUAGCUCAUGGGGGUGCCUCUGUGGGUUGUGAUGGAGAGGGAGAGGAGACAGAGUCGAAGAGAAGGAAGGUUGAUGCUUGUGCUAUGGAAAUGAGUGCAAGCUCGAGGGCGGUUCGCGAGCCAAGGGUGGUGGUUCAGACAACAAGCGAGGUUGACAUUCUUGAUGAUGGGUAUCGCUGGAGGAAGUAUGGGCAGAAGGUGGUCAAAGGAAACCCAAACCCGAGGAGCUACUACAAGUGCACCAAUCCAGGCUGCUCCGUCCGAAAGCACGUAGAAAGAGCGUCUCACGACCUAAAAUCCGUGAUCACAACCUAUGAAGGCAAACACAAUCAUGAAGUCCCUGUCGCCAGAGGCAGUACAAAUGGCUCAUCAACCUCUGCAAAUCCUACCUCAGCUCCUCAUUCAACUCGAGCCCCAGAAAACUUCACGAGAUACAUUAAUUCUAAUUCUUCUCCUCUCGGUGCUUAUUGCCUCCAUAGCCAAGAUCUAGUUGCACCGAUGACUGCUAACUUCUCUUUUGGAGUCAGGUCCUCAAGCCUUACGGUUUCGGGAUUUGGGGCUAUGACUCUUCCAUCGGAUAACGCAUUUAUGGGUGAAAUCAAAGAGGAACCUUCAUCGGAUGCUGCUUCGGUUUAUUAUCAGCAGCUUAUGAGGAGAAUGCCUUUAGGACCUCAGAUGUAGAUAGUGAAUGGAAAGAGGGAAAAAAGUUCAUUUGGUUUUGUAAGGUAGGGGAGAUUCAAUUUGUUUGUUUUUGUUUCUACAGAUAAGUUCAGUGAGAUGAUUUGGUUUGUUUUGACGAAGAAUUUUGGGAUAGUAAUAGAAGGUGAGUCAAUUUUUUGUUUA